CUAUUACUUGGUAGUUUUCAAAACGUUUUCGGUGAUUCCGUUUAUGGUGUGAAUGCUGUGAUUGAGAGUGGUACAAUGUGAUUCAAAUAUGUAUAUUUUCCCGUUUAACAUGAGGCUUACACGGAUUUUUAUAAAAGAUGCAAGUCUUACCGAUUCGUUAGGUGUACUUUAUAUUUUACAAAAAAAUCACUAUUUAAGGCCAUCCCUACGUGCUCGUCAUCAUUUGAAGAACUUGAGGGUAGGAUGGGGUAAUCUUCAUCUCUUGUGACAAAAUCAUACUCGGGAACCACUCUGUGAAUAUGUGUAUUCUGGAGAAAUGAGGCAGUACAUCACAUCAUCUGACUACAUUAAUAACACGUCCCCUAGAAUGUGGUAUAGUGAUUAUCAUUUUACCAAGCUCAAUCAAAAUAUAGAAACAAGUGAUCUUCGCGUUAACGGUCCACGAUCUGCAAUGCAAAAAAACUUGUUUACGUCGUAGGAUGUUUGUAGGCGUAAUGUGCCUGAGCUGUCGGCGUCUUUGGACGGCCGUGCAAGCGUUGUGGAGCACCCUGUACGUGACUUCUGGUGGCGCCCUCCUUACGGCCGGCGUCUUUUUCGUCAUUUCAUUACCAGAUCAGCUGUACCUUUACGGCACGCUUUGUGCCGGAGCCUGGACCAUCAUUAUGGGGAUAGCUGGUGGGAUGGUCGCGUGCAUGAGUGUCUUCUCACCCAAAAGGCAAGAAAUCCUGCUCUACUUCGCAGUUUCAACCCUAAUAGUGAACUGCAUCAACCUCACCCUAAUAGAGUACUGGUUAUACGUUAUUGGUUUAUCCAGCCAAAUACUGGGAGAGUUUACCAAUGACCUGCUUAUAGAAUAUGCCUGUUUCGUUACCAGAAUAGCAACAGCCGUGGUUUUGGUGGUGGCCUUCCUGGACAGUCAGUUUUCUUUCUGUUCUAUGCAGUCUGCACCGAAGCCACAACGAACGAAGAAGCUCAGAAGGUCCAACGAACAAGUUUCAGAUAUUGAGUACAUUAUACCAAGGCCGAAAAAUUCGAAACCAAGUCCACAAGCACCAUACGACGCAUACGCACAAAGCUGGGUGUUCGACGCGGAAAACAACCCUAGCUGCUCCAACUCCAAGGACCACAGUGGGUACUUCAGGGUGGUGCAGAAUGGUACCCCGAAAAAGCCGGCCUCUGGAGGUGGCAGGUCCACCCGAGGAAUGCAGAACGGAAUUGUAAAAGAAACGAGCCACCUUAUCGACAACCCAGUGGUGCAAAUCGAGGAGGCUUCGGAUGACAGCAACAGUGGACGCAGCGACCGCAAGCUCUGCUAUAUGAAGAGUUUCUCCAGGUCCCAGUCGCCUGUCGCAUUAUCGGCCAGCUCGUCCCAAGUCAGUCUGGAUGCUCCGCCCCCGGUCGAGGUUGCCACGUCGGUGGUCAACCCUCCUGCCAUCUACCAAUGCUUGGAGAAGCUUACCGAGCCUACCAUUUAUAGAACUAGGUUAAACACAGCGCUAAGCAGUAAAGAAGAAGAGUAUUAUCAAGCGCCUCAAGCUGUAGUGAUGCGCAAGGUGGAAGCUACAAGUCCUAGGGUAGAAAAAGUACAAUAUGCUUCCUUGAUGAAGGAGUUGCAGAAAGCCAUUAUUAGUAAGAAAGAUCCCCCCAGUAUCACAUCACCACAAAGUAAUGCCAGCGAUAGUGAUAAAACGCACACGACGUCAAAAAGCAGUAGCCGGUCGGACGGACAGAAGAGUAGCGACGCGGACUUUUCCAAGGAGUUAGAAGCAGCGUUACAGCUGAUCCAGGACCUGGAGAGCCCAAACACGGUGGAAACGCCAUCAGACGCGGCCAAAUCACCUAUGGCGCCCACUGGUGGAGCCGCUUUGACAGUCUGGAGAGGCAGUGACGUGAGUGAAAGCAGCGACAAGACGCUUAGUGCUGUGGGGUCUUUAGCUGAGAUUACGUCACCGAUGAGUGACGGACAGCCUGCUGCGAUGGCGGAGUUGCUUAAGGUGCACCAACAGACGGAAGUCAAGGGAAUUGUUACACUUCCAACAGGUUGGCAACCUUGGAACCGCGGCAGCAUCCCCAUCCACUACCCAGACUCCCAGAGCACAUCCGGUUACAGUUCACCCACCCAAGGCCCUACUCCCAACUGGUCCACAACCUCCAGCGUGAGUGGGAGCAAUCCCGAGCUGAAACCCACGUCCUACUCAAUCCGAAACACCGACUCCUCAACUGUCAUUUCACUGUAUUCCUCCACGCCUGUCGCGACGAAAAGCAAGUCGGUCACCCUGGUCAAAAUCACAUCGGAUGAAGGGGUGCCGAACCCUACCCUUACUACGUUUCGACCACCGGCUCCCAAAGCGGUCGAACCACCUCAUAGCAACUGGAAACUGAACUCGUUGCUUAGAAAGAAGAAACAUGUUGGGUUGCCGCCAGAGCUGGAAAGCGCGAUUAUUAAGUCGGAAAGUUUGGCGUAUCUAACGGAUUUGGAAUUAUUGGCAAGGCAUCAACGUAAUCAAGAGAUGCAGAGGGAAAUCGAGAAAAAGGUAGUGCAACAACUGGGAGUACCAAGGGCUGCAAGGACUGAAUCUAAUUGUUAAAAUUAUUAGUAAAUUUUUAAAUAAACCAAACCCUCUUUGCUGCUAGUCAGCAUACGUCCAUCGUCUGAAUUUUUUCUAUGAUUAUAUUUUUCCAUCUAAAGGCAUUUGUAUAAUUCUUUAUGUACAUACUGUUGUUAUAGUGAUAUAGUUUAUACCGCAAGUCUAUUGUAAAUAUAUUUAAGUCUCGAGUUCUUUUUAUAAAUAUUUCCCCUAUACA